GAGGCCAGGGGAGCCAGGAGCUGAGGCCCAGGGCAGGCGCCAAAGUUAGGGGGCCCUGGCCGGCGAGGGCACCGAGAGGGGAGAGCGAGGGAGAGCUGAGCGGAGGGGACAAGACUGAAGGGGACCUCGAGCCCUACUGGCCAGGCCAAGUUUGGGGGAGGGGGGAGAUCGAAGCCACCCUCCUCCCCGGCCUGCACCCAUCGCCUCCCUCCGCCAGCACGGAUCCAGGCACAGACGUUGGGACGGAUUUCUCCGUGGGAUGUAGCACCCACCGCCGGCCUUCAGUCUGGAGCUGUUUUCUCCAGAGGUUACGCUGGGAAACUCCGACCCCCCCUAGGUCCAGCGUCAUCCCGGGUGGUGAGGACGGCCACUGGAGCUUGGCCCGGGGCGGGAUGAACGGACACAGCCGGAACGGGCAGGCCCACGCCCCCCGGCGGAAGCGCCGCAACCGCUUCGUCAAGAAGAAUGGCCAGUGUAACGUCUACUUUGCCAACCUCAGCAACAAGUCCCAGCGGUACAUGGCCGACAUCUUCACCACCUGCGUGGACACGCGCUGGCGCUACAUGCUCAUGAUCUUCUCGGCCGCCUUUCUGGUCUCGUGGCUUUUCUUCGGCCUCCUCUUCUGGUGCAUAGCCUUCUUCCACGGGGACCUGGAACCCGGCCCGGCCCCGGCGCCCGGCCCGGCCGGAGCGGGCCCCGGGGGAGGCGGGAGCCCGCCGCCCGCCGCGGCCAAGCCGUGCAUCAUGCACGUGAACGGCUUCCUGGGGGCCUUCCUCUUCUCGGUGGAGACGCAGACCACCAUCGGCUACGGCUUCCGCUGCGUGACGGAGGAGUGCCCGCUGGCCGUGAUGGCCGUGGUGGUGCAGUCCAUCGUGGGCUGCGUCAUCGACUCCUUCAUGAUUGGCACCAUCAUGGCCAAGAUGGCCCGGCCCAAGAAGCGGGCGCAGACGCUGCUCUUCAGCCAUCACGCCGUCAUCUCCGUGCGGGACGGCAAGCUCUGCCUCAUGUGGCGCGUGGGCAACCUGAGGAAGAGUCACAUCGUGGAGGCCCACGUGCGGGCCCAGCUCAUCAAGCCCUACAUGACGGAGGAGGGCGAGUACCUGCCCCUGGACCAGCGGGACCUCAAUGUGGGCUACGACAUCGGGCUGGACCGCAUCUUCCUGGUGUCCCCCAUCAUCAUCGUCCAUGAGAUCGACGAGGAGAGCCCGCUCUACGGCAUGGGCAAAGAGGAGCUGGAGUCGGAGGACUUUGAGAUUGUGGUCAUCCUGGAGGGCAUGGUCGAGGCCACAGCCAUGACCACCCAGGCCCGCAGCUCCUACCUGGCCAGCGAGAUCCUCUGGGGCCACCGCUUCGAGCCCGUGGUCUUCGAGGAGAAGAGCCACUACAAGGUGGACUACUCACGUUUCCAUAAGACCUACGAGGUGGCCGGCACGCCCUGCUGCUCGGCCCGUGAGCUCCAGGAAAGCAAGAUCACCGUUCUCCCUGCCCCUCCGCCACCGCCCAGUGCCUUCUGCUACGAGAACGAGCUGGCACUCAUGAGCCAGGAGGAGGAUGAACUAGAGGAGGAAGUGGCCGGCCUCGGGCUGGAGGGUGGCUCCAAGGACGACGGCGGCAUCAUUCGCAUGUUGGAGUUUGGGAGCCACCUGGAUCUGGAGCGGAUGCAGGCCACCUUGCCCCUCGACAACAUCUCCUACCGCCGGGAGUCGGCCAUCUGACCUCGGCCCCUCCCGUCUAGCCCCGUGUCCCCUUUGACGUACCCGUUCCCUAACUCCUUGUGGGAAGAUCCCCCUUUCUAGACAGGAGAAAGACUAGCAGACCACGAACAUCCCCUCCCUCAGUAGCCCUGGGACAAACAUUCCUCCCUCCCAAGGACAGAAGCCACCCAGGCCACGUGGGGCCGUGAGAAGUGGGCUCUAUUCCCCAUGCCUUCUCAUUGCAGCACCCAAGAAUUAGACCUUGGCAGUGGGGAAGCCCCUGUCCCUGAGUUCUGCCAUACCAACCAUCCCCCCAGCCCACCGUUGUGGGCCUCACUGUCAGACUCCACCUAGGGACCAGAACUGUCCGACAUGGCACCCCAGGCCCUGGAGAACUUGGGGAAGGCUCCUGGGACAGAUGGGGUGGGGGGAGCUCACCCAGAGGCCAGGGCUGGGAGGCAGGUUGGGAGAAAGCAGAGAGAAAGGUUUACCUUGCAUGUUUGUGCCCUGUCACACAUCCUUUGUAAAUAUACACAUAUAUCUAAGGCCAAGAAGAGAUCCAAGCCAGAUUCUUCCAUUUCCCGGGGCAGGACGAGGAGGUGAAGCUGGGCCCCUCUUCCCCUCCUUCAUGGACCGGCUCUUGGGGCUCCUUGACCCCUGGGCUACCUCAGAGUGAGGGGUGCAGACUGAGGAAGCCCCUGGGGUCAGGGCUGGAGCACCACUCCCUCCACGUGCAGGCCCCACCUCUGCUGGCCCCCAGACCUCCCUCCCACCCCCAGCUUCUGCCCUUCCUCCCUACCCUGCCAACACACAAUUGUACAAUGGGAUUUUUAAUGA